AUGACUGUUCUGCAACUCGCCCCUCGAUACGACAAUCUGCUCCCGUUCCCUACCGAAGAGCAGGCCAAGGGGCUCAUUGGCGACUACGGCAUCUCGUGCGCGCUUGCCGGCGUCUUCAUGGACACUUUCCUCUUUGGCGUCUUUACCCUCCAGUUCAUCACCUACAUCGCCUCCAAAGCGAACGACAAGAUCUGGGUCCGUUGCUUUGUUGCAGCAGUCACGGCGAUGGCGUGCCUCCUCACAGCCGUCACGAUGAGCUUCACGCAGCUCUUCUUCGCCCACCGCGCGUACCGUCUUUGCAACAAGCAAAUCUGGAUCCCAAUCUGUGUCCUCAUUUGCAUCCUCAUGGCGGUGUCCGCGUGUAUCGCUACCCGCAUCGUGUUCGGUCGGCUUAAUUCCGAGCUCGACUCGGCGCACGUCCUCGGAUCAACGGUUACCUGGAUGGCAUCGACAAUGGUUGGAGACACGAUCAUCACCGGCUGCAUCCUGUUCGGCCUCUCGCGAGCACAGACGAAGGUCAUCCAGACUAAGAGGGAGAUCAUCGCACGUCUUAUCCGCAUGACUCUGGAAGCCCAGGUUCCCGCAACCCUGGUUGCACUCACCCUCAUGAUCGAAGUCAUCGUUGACCCCGCCAACAUGCUCGGCGUGACCGUCAUCGUCUUCCAGUCCAAAAUCUACGUGGUCGGCUUUUUCUACUCUCUCAACGCGCGUCAGCGCCUCGCCCAGGCGCAACGGAGCGUGACGAUUGAAGACAUUGAUAGCUAUGGCCUCAACGUGUUCAGCGAGCGGCGCGCGGCCACCAUCGUCGUCCAGCAGGAAACGGAGAUGCACGUCAUGCGCACCGCCCCACCCCAUGUGAGUAUCAACCGGCAGGCCCAGCCGUUUGACGUCGACGGGACCAAGGGAAGCGUUAGCUUUGUCGAGGACUCGUCCGAGUACAAGGACUCGUCGACGGACUCCAAGGGUUCGCCGCAGAACACAGAGCACACCGAGAUCGUCUAA